CAAAGUGUAUUCACAAAAGGCAGCCAUAGCCAAGACAGAGCAGGGAAAGAUGUUCCGAAAUUAGGCGAAUAUUUCGUUUUAUUGCCGAUAUAUCAACGAUUUUCCGAUUUUCGACUAGAAGGAUACCUAUGGGACUAUUCUAGCGUGAUUUAGAACCGCUGGCGACAUGGCGGGGUUCAAAGUCAGGACGAUUUUAGCCGGGAAAAUUCUAGCUCUGCUGUGUGUUUUUUCGCAUGGUGUGAAAUCUCAGUAUGGAGGGCAGCUUGCAGAUUCCAGCUCUUUGCCACACCACGGCAGAUGUGAGCCCAUCACGAUACCGCUGUGUAAAGACAUACAAUACAAUGAAACAAUCAUGCCCAAUCUUCUUAAUCAUCAAAAACAAGAUGAUGCGGGCUUAGAAGUGCACCAGUUCUUUCCCCUAGUCAAAGUGAGGUGCAGCCCUCAUCUGAAAUUUUUCCUGUGUGCAAUGUAUGUGCCUGUGUGUACUGUUUUAGAAGAAGCCAUACCGCCGUGUCGGUCGUUGUGUGUUCAGGCACGGACAGGUUGCGAGAGUUUAAUGAACAAGUUUGGGUUCCAUUGGCCCGAGUCGCUCGACUGCCAGAAGUUUCCCGAAAAAGGUUUGUGCGUCGGUGAAAAUGCCACAGACUCCGUCGAUCCAACUGCAAAACCUGGCGGUGGUGGGACUGGCGGUGGUGGAACACAUACAAACGGAAGUGGCGGAGGGUGGCGUCCUGAUGGCGGUCACAAAAUGGAAUGUCCCUACGAAUAUACGGUGUCGGAUUUGGAUUACAAACUGCAGGUUUCGGGUCACAUGCUGGACGAUUGUGGCGCGCCAUGUAAUGAUUUGUUUUUUCACGAUAAUGACCUACGUCAGUUCGCGCGGAUAUGGAUUGGGGUCUGGUCUUGCUUGUGUUGCGUCUCAACGUUAUUCACCGUACUUACAUUCUUGAUUGACAUGCAGAGAUUCCGUUAUCCCGAGCGACCAAUCAUCUUUCUCUCGGGAUGUUACUUUGUCGUGGCUACAGCGUACAUCACAGGAUUUGCAUUAGGGGACCAGGUUUCAUGUGUGGGCCCAUUGCCGCCUCCUCCGGAUAAAGGGGUGAAAGCAAAUGACAUGGUUAAGAUAAUCACGCAAGGAACAAAAAAGGAAGGAUGUACAAUCUUAUUUAUGAUGCUUUAUUUCUUCAGUAUGGCCAGCUCCAUCUGGUGGGUGAUUCUGACACUGACGUGGUUCCUCGCUGCAGGAAUGAAAUGGGGGCACGAAGCCAUCGAGGCGAACUCUCAAUACUUUCAUCUAGCGGCAUGGGCUGUCCCAGCAAUAAAAACAAUCGCCAUCUUGGCAAUGGGUAAAGUCGAUGGCGAUUAUCUCAGUGGAGUGUGUUUCACAGGACUAUCGGACAUGACCACACAUUUAGGAUUCGUGGUCGUACCGUUGGCCGUAUUUCUUUUAAUAGGGUCGUGUUUCUUGGGUGCCGGUUUCGUGUCCCUUUUCCGUAUUCGGACUAUCAUGAAAAGUGACGGUACGAAAACGGAUAAGUUAGAAAAACUCAUGGUUCGUAUAGGAAUCUUUUCGGUACUUUACAUGGUCCCCGCGAUCGUGGUGAUAGCAUGUUAUAUUUAUGAGCUAACAUCCCAUGAGGAGUGGAUGAUGGGGUGGCAUGCGCGUGCGUGCCAGGGAUUCAAAGAAGUGAACUUCUGUCCUGCGAAUCGACAGGAAUACAUCGGGAAUCCGCAGCCGGAUUUUACGUUUUUUAUGAUAAAAUAUCUCAUGACAGUCAUCGUAGGGAUUACUUCUGGAUUUUGGAUAUGGUCGAGCAAAACUAUCAACUCCUGGAAACGUUUCUACGCCAGGGUUUUCACGGGACGUAGGGAGGAAGCUGUCGUGUAAAUGCAGCACCGAAUCCGGAAAAAAGUAAGCAUGGUUUACUUUCGGUGUUGUCGUGAGUGAAACAAGCCUCAGAUGAUGAUGGAACAAGUCGGAUACCAGGGUUGUUAUUUAAAAAAAAUUGCCAUGAUGAGUACAAUUUCUUAUGACUGUGGAAUACUCGGGUGUGACUGUGAGUUGCACUACAUGUACAGUGACAGAUUGAGAUUGGUCACAAAAAACUUUUUCAAUGUUUACUGAUGGACAUACUUGUAUAGAGUAAGGUCAGGAUAUAGACUAUUUUACGGAUAGCCAGCCUACACUACUAACUACAGUGUUGCAUUUUGUUAAAAUCAUGUCUUUUUUCAUUUGGCAAAUAACUUGAUUCAAAAGAGCAUUGGACUGCUGAUACGGAUAGUGGAACACUAAUGGAUCAUUUAAGAACAAAUUGGCCUGACCGAAGAGGAAGAAUUGACUGCCACUUUUUUGUCGUCAAUUGAUAGAGGCUGAUGAUCUUUUUAGGGAAGGCAGUGAGUUUUCAAGUCGCUCAGAAAAUCAACAAAAAAGUUCUUUUGUCUGAGGCUUGUUUCCAUUUGGUGCAUCUCUUUUAGGUGUUAUCUCAACUACAUGGUGCUACAUGUACUACUACUGGUAUGCAGUUUUGGGAAAUGACACGGACAGGCAAUUUUGAGCACUGCAGGGCUCGAGCUACAUGUAGACUUUCUAACUCGGGAGUCUUGACAAAAUCUCAGGAGUCCUGUAACAGAUUUCAAAGUUAAGAGUAUAAAGAGGGUCCUGGGCCAAGUUUUAAUGCUUCAAAAGACACUUUUCAGGGAUUAUCUCGAGCCCUGCACUAUAAGUGAAAAACCAGUGAUGUAGUUUAUCUUUGAAAUUGGUGAAAAUUUCUAAAAAAGAAUUUUGUCCAUGAUUUUUAUUUUGGCGUGUUUGGCGGAUUACGAAAUUUCCUUCAGUUCUUCCCCCAAAAUAUGACAGUAAUGACCACUUCAAACAAGAAAUUUUUGUUGCAUUAUAUGCAGUUGGAGCUUGAUUUUUAUCAUUAAGUUCAUUAGCCAGGUGUUUUUCCAAUGCAUGCCCUCUUCUCACUAUUGGCACUACAAAAUGUAGUAGAGAUUGCACAUUUGAGAGUUGCAUCUUGAACUCGGGCCCAUUUCAUUUAUACUUGUGCAUUUUGUAUAAAAAUGCAUUUCGAAAUAGCAAAAUGUUGAAAGCCUUCAAAAACUUCGCUUUCAGGUUUCUUGCCUUCGACACCCUAGAUGGCUUCUCUCACUGGCUACACAAUUACGGCGAAGGUGACAUAAAUGUAGACUUACAGUAGAGGGUUGUCCCCGCAGAGGAAGGAACCUGGAUUUUCAGCAUUCUCCACCGUUUGUUUUUGAAGGGUGGCCACAUGUGACACAACAUACUUUCAUGAUGUCAUACAGAGGCAUCUGACAUAAAUCAGUGAAAAAUGGACACUAUCAGUAGUUUUUAAAAAAUGGUCGAUGCUAGUGCAGUGUUCUCUGCAACAGUUUUUUUUGGCAUUGUGACUGUUAGUGAAGAAAUGGGUUUUUUUACACUUUUUUGAUCUGAUUUUAUCUACAACAAAAUCUGUCGGGGUCCCUAGGUAAAAUCUUCAUCAACUCCGUAAAUUAUUUGUCUGGAUGCCAAGUUUUUUUGUCAGGCCAGGGUGCUAAAAUGGAAAACUGAUAGUUUUUGGUGCGGCGCCUAAGCAAAAGCAGUGGAGAAUUCCGAUUUCAUCCGGCUAUUCAACUUGUGUACAAGUUGUCCGUUGUAGCGCAGAAAACCUGACAUUAUGGCUAAAUCUAUUGACUUAACAUGUAUGUCAACAUCACCUUUCCCCAAAUUUACAAAUUACAUAUACGUAGGGAGUUGUAUAGACCUGGUUUUUUGCCACGGUGAUAUUAGCUUGGGGUGUAAUGUUCAUUCAGUUCCUUUGCCCACUGGCAAGCCUUUUCACUUACCUAUGUACAUCUAAAAUAAAACCUUGUUGAAGUAAACUAAGAUUUUUAGUAUAGGCAUCACGCGCAUCGCAGGGAUGGCAAAUUUCUGGCAAAUUUCCUACUUUUUCUUUACUCGUUGUCAAUGCCGAUUGCUGGAAUGAACAUGUCUCUGUUUCAACUCUCAGUGAAUCUUCAAAAUGGAAUUCUCAUUUGCUAAAAGUAUAAAAACCCAGUUUUUAGGCAUUUUUGUGAUUUAAGUGAUAGCUGAUCAAAGGAGAACAUUUUUAAAGAAGUUUUUUUAGCUCUUUUGCAUCAUUUGUUGCAUCAACAACUUAUUACUUAAGAGGAAUCGAACCCAUCUGGCUACUGGCCUGUAACAUCAUUUACAGUAUCAAGGCAAUCCGCAUGCAUGUGAGGUCUACAGUUUUUUUUAUAUGAACGUUUCAGGAGAUGAUAUGUAUACAUCCUUCUGAUCAAAUGCCUGUCAUUAAAACCCCAAAAAUUUUCAGUCAUUUUGAGAUUGAUGUCCAUACUUGCUGUAAAGCAUGGUCCUUGGUGCACACACAUGCACUGUCGAUACGAUUUCAGGAGGGAGAGUCGAGCAGUAAAUGAAAUUAAAAAUUCAUUGAGCAAAAUAAGAGAAAUAUGCUGUCAAAAUGGCUGUCGUUUUGGCUGAUGUUCAUGAUUGAGUUUCGGGUAAGGGUAACUGUACAGUAAUAGCUCCAGUGCAAUUAUACUCUAAAUUAUAGCUUCUGUGUGCAUUUCAUGUGUACAGCCAGACGUUUGUUUUACACUGUCUGGGCUACAUUUGUACCACUUGACCUUAUAAAAAAAUAAGGUCGAAAAAUUAUAAUGUGAAAUAAUGUUUUUUAGAUGAAUGGAAUUUUUUUCUCCUAAAACUUCAAAAUAAUUGUGUUCCUUUGUGUAAAUCGUGUAUGUCAUGUAUUUCCGACAGUAUUGUUACAGAUAUUUUAUCCGUUGAUGAUAGUCACCCAAACAGGGCUAUUGUUUUUUAUGAAUGGUGAAUAAAUGUGUAAAUAACAUUUAUAAA